AUGAGCUUGCAUUGCAUCAACAAUUUUCCCAUUGCACUGGAUCGGGAAAUAUUGCAUGUUGGAGUAUCAAGUGUGUUUAAAUUGAGUGGCAACUUAAGCGCAGAAUGUGCAGUACGACCGCCAUCUAGAAGAGUCGCCGCAAUUCUAGAUGAUGCUAACGCCAAAGCUAUGUCACAUCUUGAUCGAAUAGUGGCCAAAAUCAAUGAAAUGACAAAUGUUUUCCCUGUUCCUACAGGUGCGUCCAGGAAGAAUUGA